GGGGAAGUUUGAGUGGGUGCAUGGGGCCCGCGGUUCACGGCAGAAUUGAUAUCCCACCAGAAGGUGGACAGGCUGACGCCACUCCACUUCAGUACUCCAUUACAAAAACUGUUCGCUUUCUUGGUUACUCUGAUGAAUCGAUGGACAUCAUAAAGCUCGACAGUACGGGGCUAACAUUUUCAGAACUCUUCCACUAGAUCCAAAUUUAAAGAAGAGAGAGCAAGAGAAUGGUGAUAUCGACGACGAUUUCAGACUCUGACAGCCAUUUGCAUACCACUUUUGCUUCCAGAUAUGUCCGCAAUCCUCUUCCUAGGUUUAGGAUGCCGGAGGAAUCGAUACCAAAGGAGGCAGCUUAUCAGAUAAUCAAUGAUGAGCUGAUGCUAGAUGGGAAUCCGAGGCUGAACCUGGCUUCAUUUGUGACCACAUGGAUGGAGCCAGAGUGUGAUAAACUUAUCAUGGCUUCCCUCAAUAAGAAUUAUGUUGACAUGGAUGAAUACCCUGUUACCACAGAGCUCCAGAAUCGCUGCGUGAAUAUGAUAGCCCAUCUUCUCAAUGCACCUGUGGGGGAAGAUGAAACAGCAAUUGGUGUGGGGACUGUAGGGUCAUCGGAGGCAAUAAUGCUGGCAGGACUAGCCUUGAAAAGGAAGUGGCAGCAAAAAAGAAAGUCAGCAGGCAAACCUUAUGAUAAACCCAACAUUGUCGCCGGAGCUAAUGUACAGGUAUGCUGGGAGAAGUUUGCAAGGUACUUCGAAGUUGAGCUGAAGGAGGUGAAGUUGAGGGAGGGAUAUUAUGUGAUGGACCCAGUGAAAGCGGUGGAGAUGGUGGAUGAAAACACUAUCUGUGUUGCAGCGACUCUGGGCUCAACACUGACAGGAGAAUUUGAAGAUGUAAAGCUCCUUAAUGAGCUCCUCAUGGAAAAGAAUAAGGAGACCGGUUGGGACAUCCCAAUUCAUGUAGAUGCUGCUAGUGGAGGCUUCAUUGCUCCAUUCCUUUACCCAGAUCUUAUGUGGGAUUUCCGUUUGCCAUUGGUGAAAAGCAUCAAUGUUAGUGGCCAUAAGUAUGGACUUGUGUAUGCAGGAAUUGGCUGGGUGGUGUGGAAGACCAAGGACGACUUACCAGAUGAGCUCAUCUUUCACAUCAACUACCUUGGAUCUGAUCAACCUACAUUCACCCUAAAUUUCUCCAAAGGCUCUAGUCAAGUAAUUGCUCAAUAUUAUCAAUUCAUAAGGCUAGGCUUUGAGGGUUACAAGAGUGUCAUGGACAACUGCAUGGAAAAUGCAAAGGUGCUAAAAGAGGGUAUAAAGAAAACAGGGCAGUUUGAGAUCAUCUCAAAGGAUGUUGGGGUGCCGCUUGUGGCCAUUGCUCUUAAAGACAGCGACACAUAUACAGUGUUUGAGAUAUCAGAGAGCCUGCGGAAGUUUGGGUGGAUUAUUCCAGCCUACACGAUGCCUCCUAAUGCCCAACAUCUGGCAGUCCUUCGUAUCGUGAUAAGGGAGGAUUUCAACAGGAACCUGGCGGAGAGGCUCGUAUUGCACAUUGAGAAAGUUUUGAAGGAGUUGGAUGAACUCCAUAGUCGCAUCGCUGCCCAUGUGACACCUGCCAAGGAUGAAAAAGAGCACCAGAAGGAAGAGGAAGUUGUGAGGUACUGGAGAAGGCUUGUGGAUCGCGAUGGAACUAGCGGGGUAUGCUAGGCCUCUACUAAGAUAUAGAAAUCUGUCCAGUAAGUUCCUAGCAAGUUCGUUGUCUUUUUGGUACAAAGGUACAUGGGGAUGUGUUUGUUGUAGUUGUAAUCCAUGAAAAUAAAAUGUGCAGACAAACUCAGUUUGAACAACUGAAUGAUCUAUGCUGUAUUCCAGCUGCCAGUUAGAAGUCCGCCAAUCCAUAUUCUAUUAAUCAACAAUAUAUGGGUUGUGACACUUGCGUGUUUAUGCUUGUGUGUGCAUUUGCAAAUGAAUAGAGCUGAUACUAUUGUGGACCA